AUGGCCUGGGAAAAUUGCUCACUGUUGAUGGAAUUCGUGUUCCUGGGCUAUCCCUCCAACCCAGAGGUGUGUAUACUGUUCUUCCUUGGAGUCAACCUGGCCUAUACAUUGAUCAUCUGUGGGCAUGUCCUCAUCUUGGUGGCCAUCCAGACAGAAGCACGCCUACACACACCCAUGUACUAUUUCCUGGGCAGCCUCUCAGCAGUAGAAAUAUGCUACACUGCUGUGGUGGUGCCUCAUAUCCUGGCCAACAUCCUUCAGCCAGAGAAGACCAUCACCCUCCUGGGCUGUGCCACUCAGAUGAUUUUCUUCAUAGGACUUGGCAGUGCCGAUUGCUUCCUCUUGGCUGCCAUGGCUUAUGACCGGUAUGUUGCUAUUUGCCACCCUUUGCAGUACCCUCUCAUCAUGACUUUAACUCUUUGCAUUCAUUUGGCUGUGGCCUCUGUGGUCAUUGGCUUGUUCCUCUCCUUACAACUUGUGGCCUUCAUCUUCUCUCUGCCAUUCUGCCGGGCUCAGAGCAUUGAGCACUUCUUUUGUGAUGUGCCACCAGUGAUGCAUCUUGUUUGUGCCAACAGCCACAUCCAUGAGCAAUCGGUGCUGGUGGCAGCCACACUAGCUGUUGCUGCACCUUUCUUCCUCAUUACCACCUCCUACGCCUUCAUUAUGGUCGCUGUGCUCAAGAUCCACUCAGCAGCUGGCCGCCACCAGGCUUUCUCCACCUGUUCCUCCCACCUCACUGUGGUCCUGCUGCAGUAUGGCUGUUGUGCCUUCAUGUACCUGCGUCCCAACUCCAUCUACUACCCCAAGCAAGAUCAGUUCAUCUCGCUGGUAUACACAUUGGGAACUCCACUGCUCAAUCCACUUAUCUACACCCUGAGGAACAGUGAGAUAAAGGGGAUCCUAGGAAGAUGUCUUACUAGGAAUUAUCUCUUCCAGAACAACUAG